UCUAAAACAUUUCUUCCUCCUCCAGAGGUUUUAUCAUGAAAGCUGAUCAGUACAUUUAUCAGAACAAACUUCCUCCUUCCAACCAGAAGAAACUCUGAGAUUAAUGAAGCUACAUGUCAUCAGAGUUAUUCUGGAUUAAAGACACUUUCUAACAAUAAUUUACAUUAUUAAUAAAACUGAGGAGCAGGAUCUAUAUAUAGUUCAGUGUUUCAACAAUAAUUUGUUUCUUCAUAGUUUUGCAGCAAAUAUUUGAUAAUUAGCAGUAAAAUGAUCAGAACCAGGAGAUUCUUGUUUUUAUUAUUUUUACCGUUUGUGUGGGCUGAUAUUAAAGAAGAGUCUGAGACCAGCAAGUCCUGUGUUCUCAACCAGGACUGCAUUUUACCAUGUCGGAUCGAUGACAGGAUUGAUUCCGUACAUUGGUCGUAUAAAAAUCCACCGUCUGAGAUUGUACUUUAUGACCAGGGUAACAUCAGAUACUCUGAGAGCUUCAGAUCCAGAGCGUCACUGUUUGAGGAUCAGAUCUCCAGAGGAAACGGCGACCUGCUGCUGAGAGGAGUGAAGGUUGAUGAUGAGGGAAGAUAUGAAUGUAUUCCUGUGACACCUAAGCAGCCCAGUGAUCUGAAAUUAGCUAAACUAGGAAUAAAUCUACCUCCCAUAUAUUAUAUAAUUGUUGUUCACCUUACAGUAGAAGCUCCAGUCUCUGACAUCAGAAUCCAUCAGGAUGGAAACAGGAUCACCUGCAGCUCAGAGGGGAUCUACCCUCAACCUGAACUCACCUGGUCCACUGAGCCUCCAUCCAACACGACUCUGCAGAACAGAACCACAGUCCAUCAGACUGAGGAGAAGCUUUAUGACAUCAGCAGCUCUCUGACGGUUCCAGACGGUUCUGAUCGGAUCUACAGCUGCACCAUCAGAACCAGGAGGAACCAGAGGAGAGCAACUUUAAAUAUUCCAGCCUCUGUGGAUUUCUCAGGAGCUGAAGUUACAAUCUGCUGCAACUCUUCAGAUUAUUAUGGAACCAGUUUGGUCUGGAGGUUCAACCACAGUCAGAUCAUCCUGACCAAGACUGACAGAAACAUCUCCAACAUCUCAGAGGAGUGGAGGAAACAUGUGAGGAAUGUUUCAGCGUCCGGCAGCCUCACCUUACAGGAUGUGACCUCAGAUCAGGAGGGAGUUUACAGCUGUGAGCUCAGUGGUGAUGAGGAGACGAUUAUAACUCACCUCUAUCUGAGGAGGACUGGAGAGAAUCUGGUGGUUCCUGAACUCAUCAGACGGACGGUGGUUUGUGUUGUGAUUGCAGCAGCAGCAGCUGGAUUCAUAAUGUUCUACAAGAAGAAAAUGGAGGAAAGUGAAGCUCUGCAGCUUUAACCCUUUCAUUCACAUUCAGAGAGUGAUUUUGUUUUAAUGCCAUUCUCACAUUUUACCCGUCAAGAUGAUUCAUGAGCUUUGAUGUAGAUUAAUGUUCAUGUUUUUUAAUUCUUUGUCACAUUUGCAUAUAUUUCAGAUCUUUUUCCUAAAUGAAGAUUUUACUGUAUGUUUAACUUCUGCCCAGCAGGGGGCGCAGCUAAACAUAUAAUUUAUAUCCAACCAGCUAAACUUUCUCAGAACUUUAUUAAUGCCAUGAUGUUCAUUUCUGUAGAAAUAUUUCUACAUAAUUUUUU